CCUUUUACUCCCUCCCCAUUUGAUCCACCCUUCUAUUUACCUUACUUACUCCACUGCUGCUGAGAGGGCGUUCGAGCUCCGAAAACUCGUCUCUGGUCAACUGCCCUGCCCUUGACGACUACUACCACCUCUCCACUUCGUCGACGCUACCUUUCGACCCUCUACGCGGCCGCAACCCCGGGGCGGAUCGGGAUCAAGGAAAAUACAAUCAAUACUGGCUUUAAGACAAUAUGGCAACUGGAGACACGGCGCCUGCGCCGCUUACCAUUCCACCCCCGCCGAUCGAGCCGCUCUCCGACGACGACGGGUCGAGCCCCUUGAGCGACGUCGAGGACAAAGAUCCUGACCCGGACGACUUGCACGGUCUACAUGCCGCUACACCUCACGGUCGCGACGAAGCAGCAAGCUCCGCCGACGACUUCUCGGACGCGAACGACACCGAGGCGGAGACUGAACGCCUCUACGAUACGCCCCGAAAUCCCACCCGCCACACGGACGUCGAUCUGAGCAAGUCCGUCGCCGAUGGCCAGGUCUACAAACGUACGCCAAGCAAGCUGCGACAACGUCACAGAAGGGUCCGAGAACCCAAAGAUGAAGACGACGGGCCCCUCUCAGAAGAGGACGUGUCAAUGGCUUCCAGCCCGCCUGUGCAAGAGAUCAAGACCCCGAAGACGCGCCAAUCGCCAACUUUGGAUGUUUUAGUAGAGGUAGUCAGCAAGGAAGUCGAGACUAGGAAGCGAAAACGGUCCUCCAUGCCUACUGAAAAAGCCGAACCCGCACAACCCCUGCAAACCCGCACCAGCUCGGCCCCCGCGAUCAAUCGUCGAGACGUGGAUGGCGAUACGGCGAUGGUUGACGACGGAGACCCGUCGUUAACCGCCAAUAGCGGCGAACAUUCUCCCGACGAGACCACCCACCCCGCGGUGGGAGAAGAGGAUGGGGACGAUCGACCGCGAGUGAGGCAUUCCGCCGACCGAGCAGCCACGCCUAAGAAACAUACUCGGAGCGGCUCGAAGAAGCUCAAAGCUACAGAAAAGCCUGUUGAGAUGGAUGAGCCGCCGGAAGAGGCGGCCGCACCGGAAGAGGACGGCGCCCACACGGGCGAGGACGAACAGGUUGAAGCAGACGUGGGCGAGGAGGCCGAAGCCGCUCAUAAAAACGAAGAAGAGCUGGAGAGGAAGAAAGCUGCUUUUGAGCAGUUGGGACAGAUAGAGAAACGAUUCGCAACUUUCAGAGACAGGCUUUACGAGGAACGACUCGAGCAGUUGAACCAAGAAGAAGCGAUGUUGCGAUCCGAAAACCCGACUCAUCCCGAAUACCUCGCUAUGAUGAAGUGCAUAGACUCUCGAAGAGACGAGAGAGUGCGCGUGGCAAACCGGGAACUCGAGUUGAGCGUAGAAGCUCUGGAGAGGUGGGCCGUAGCGAAGCGCUCGCAGGUCCAUUCCCAGUUUUUUCAAUCCAUCCGGGAGUCUAGAGAGAGGAUACUCGCCGAGCUGGGCCAGCAAUGGUACGACAUCCAGCACGAGCGACGGAAGCAAGCCAACAACGUCCCCGAGUUUGGGCUCCGGUUCCCUACAAGCCCGACAGAGCGCAUCCGGAGCGCGCUUGCAUAUAAUAAAGAGGUGUCCAUCCUGUCCGGGAUAGCGAAAUACGAAGGCAUGCCUGCCGCGCCCGAAAUGAAGGGCGCGACCAUGCAAGAGCUAGACGACGACCUCGAAGCCAUGAACCGGAGUCGACAGCCGGCCCUGCGACAGCAUAUGCCCAGGCCGAACUACGUGGAUUACGGGGGGCUGCCAUUCGGCCAAAGCCUAGGUCCCGCGGGGGAGCAGUUCAUCGAACAGACGCCGUGGGCAAAUCCCAACCACCCGUCGAACGCUCGCCUGCUCCAACGACAGCACUCGGCUCCGCACGAGGGCCCACCACAGGGCGCCCUGCCAGGCACAUCAUCCAAGCGGCACUCGCACCCGGCACAUCCCAUCCCCAACGGGCCGACGACCCAACCCUUUAACGGCCACGUGAAGGCUCCGAAGAACGCGCCGAGGCAGGCCUCUACCUCGCCCGAGGUCACACGAGCCGCCAACCUGUUGGAACAGACCAAGGCGCGCAGCAUGAAGGCGGCGGCGGCGGCAGCAGCAGCAGAGACGGCCGUGAGACGCGAAAACAGCCACGCAGUCGGCAGUAUAUGACACCUCAUCACUCGCUAGGCUAUCUCGACAGCGAACAGGCGUUGUUUGGCGCAACGCGCGGGACGGGAGAAGCGAGAGAGGGGUGAGGGGGAUGCUUUUUUUCGCUGGCUAGACGAUCGACCACUGGCCGUGAUGAUGCUUAUCGCUGAUUGAAUAACCUGCGGGAUGGGACAUAUUGA